GGUGUGCCUCGCUCGCUGGGACUGUACAACAGCCAUAUCAUUCAUUCCUUGUUCGUGUAAAAGUCCUCCUGAACGCAUUAACUGACACGAUGUCUGUGGCGCCUGUGUUUUGUGUGCUCGUCUUGGCGUGUGCCUUGUCAUCAGGGCAGACAAGAAUCACAGGGCGAUACUCCCCACCGCUGAAAACGUCCGACCUGUCACUGGAUAAAAACAUGUGCAAUGACUGCAUCAGGAUCACAGAACUUCUUUUGAUCAUGCUGUCCCAUCAGGACACACAGAAGCUGAUUGAAGAGUCUCUCAAAGAGAUUUGCAGAGGUUUCUCAGUUGCAAAAGUUUAUGUCGAAUGCAUGGAGACAGUUCGGAAGUACCUGCCAUCGGUCAUCAAAGGUUUCCUUUCCUUUGAUUCAUACAGAGAGGGAGAGAUAUGCAUCGCACUGCAGAUGUGUGCUGUCCACCCAGAAAACAAUGCUCCAGAGGUGCUUACCGUUGGCCUGGAGGCAGCUGGCGUGAUACAAGCACAGUCUUCAACAGGAGCCAGUCAGGCGGUACAGAUCACGCCCCAGUGUACAUUCUGUCUUUUUAUCAUCAAAAAACUGGAAGACAUGUUGCCAAAGGAAAGAACUGAAGAGUCCGUGGUGAAGCUACUGGAGAAAAUCUGUGACCACUUGCCUCAGCACUACAAAGAGCAGUGCAACAACUUCCUGGAAAAAUACGGCAAGCAGCUCAUUGAUUUACUCCUCAGCACUGCCACACCCCAUGCAAUAUGCAUGUUGCUGCACUUGUGUUUCGUCCAGGAGACACCUGCUAUAGUUCCCUCCCUGCCAUCAGAUUGCCAGUCAUGUAAAACCUUGGUAGUCCUCACCCAGGUGCAUCUGGGACAAAAUGCCACGGAUUCACAGACGUCCUCUAUGCUCCAGAAGAUAUGCCAGUCCCACACCAAUGCCCUUCCAGGGUGCAAGCUGUUUAUUCAGCGUCAUGACGUGGCACUGGUGCGGAUUUUGAGCAAAGACAAAGAUGCUCUAAAUGCAUGCCAGGAGAUCUUCUGUUUGGGACAUGAAUAGCAUGGCAUACCUUCAAGUAAACAAACCCUCAUUUUUGUUCUCUGGGAAAAGGAAUGAAUGAAUGUUUCUGAUUGUUGUGGGGGGGGACACCAAUCAUAUCUAAAAAUGUUAUGCUUUUUUUUAAUGCAUAAAGAAGCAGGACUUUUUUUUAAUAAACCCUGAUUACACAGUGA